AUUCGUUGACCAAGAACUCAAUAACUUGUUUCCUUUUUUGAACAUAGCAGCUGUCUACACUUUUGUCUCCACCUUUCAAGAAAAAUAAGAGACAAAAUUUACCAGAAAAAUCUGCAGGAAGAGGAACAAAGCCAAUGGGUUGCGCAAGCUCAAACAAAGCCAGAGUCAAAGCUGGCCCAAGUGCCAAUUUAGAGCUUAAUCCGGCUAUUCUUGCUUGUAAGACACCCUUUUCUGUGAGUGAGGUAGAGUCUUUGUAUGAGCUAUAUAAGAAAAUAAGCAGCUCUGUAGUUCAAGAUGGGCUUAUACACAAGAAAGAGUUGCAGCUUGCGCUUUUUCAAAACAGCAGUAAGCAGAACCUCUUUUUCGACAGGAUAUUUGAUCUUUUUAAUGUCAAUAACAAUGGGCGUAUUGAGUUUGAAGAGUUUGUUCAUACAUUGAGUGUUUUCCACCCAAGAACUCCUGAUGAAGUCAAAAUUACAUAUGCUUUUAAGUUAUAUGAUUUGAGGCACACUGGUUACAUCGAGCGUGAGGAGUUGAAGGAGAUGGUGGUGGCUCUUCUGAACGAAUCUGAUCUGAUUCUUGCAGAUGAUAUUGUUGAAAUGAUUGUGAAUAAGACAUUCAUGGAAGCAGAUGGAAAAGCAGACGGUAGGAUUGAUGAAGAAGAGUGGAAGGAAUACGUAGCAAAAAACCCUUCUCUACUGAAAAACAUGACUCUUCCAUACUUGAUGGACAUAUCUCUAGCAUUUCCCAGCUUUGUGCUGAAUACUCAAGCAGAAGAAUCUCAAUUGUAGCACAGAACUAGACAUAAAGUCAGAACUGUUCUCUACAUGCAGGAAGAUAAAGAAAAUGGAGAAUCAUGCAAAGGCGAAAAGAAAAUCCGGUGUCCUAUUCGAUACUUACCCGCAAUACCUCUGGACUUUACCUUCUUCGCAAGUGUCUGAGACCGAUCAGGGCCAGCUCGGAGGAUCUCUGAGUUCCCAGUAUCCGUUAGCAGUGUAGACAAUGAUCGACUGCUCGACAACUUCUGUAAUGGGAGCUAGGGUGCCAUGUAUCGAAGGUUCCAAGUCAAUUUGUUCAGUCUUCCCAACUUCUUUUUCAAAAUUGUUGUUGUAAUUUACCGACUUGUAACUUGGAGCCUUAGAUUGUAUGAUCAAACCAACCAGCGAAUCAGGGAUGUUCUUAAUUACACAAAGCAUCAUAAGUAGUACAUUCCAGUUGAGCUACAGAAGACCAAAAGUUUAUUG